AUGUGUACACAGGACUUGGGCACUGGCUUCUCUGACGACGAUCUGGCCAAACACUCGGAGUUUUUCAGCCACCAUCUCAUUGACCAAGCGAAACCCUAUUUCCAGUAUUCCGCUAGUUUACAGCCCGAUCAUUGGUUUGAGCCAGUUCAAGUCUGGGAAGUUAAGGCAUCCGAUCUCAGUAUAUCACCUGCCCAUAAAGCUGCAAUCGGUAUGGUAAGUAUAGACUCAGGAAAUAUAUACGUAAAACGUGGCUUUAACAAUAUCUUGAGCUCCUAG